AAGACAAAGAUCGUUGGCAAGAUAUAUUAGAUAGUUAUGAAGGAGAACCAUAUACAGGUAUUCAAAAAAUACUUCGAAAAAGUUAUGAUGCCUUGGAAAAUUCCAUGCAACAAUUUUUUCUAGAUAUCGCAUGUUUCUUCAAGGGUGAAGAUAAGGACUACGUUCUACAAAUAGUAAGCAAUUCAAAGAACAAGGUCUCCCUAGAUUGUAUUGAAGUACUCAUUGAGAAGGCAAUGAUAACUAUUGACUAUGGUGGGAUUCAGAUGCAUGAUUUACUAGAAAAACUGGGCAAGGAUAUAGUUCAUGAAGAAUCCCCCAAUGAUCCCGGCAAGCGUAGUAGAUUGUGGUUUUACGAGGAUGUUGAACAAGUUCUAAUGGAAAGUACAGGAACAAGAAAUAUUAAAGGCAUCAUGGUGAAGCUUCCAGACCCAGCGGAGAUAACCUUAAAUCCAGAAUGCUUCCGUAAUAUGAUGUCAGUUACAAUCUUUGCCACCCAAUUUUCAAGGAAAUCGUCUUGUUGUGUUCAAUAUGCCUCGCAGUUUGCAACAACACUUAGAUUGAAAUCUCUUGAAGUACUUGAUCUUGGUGAUUGCGAAAAGCUUGAGAGUUUCCCAGAAAUAGAAGUUGAGAUGGAAUCACUAUGGAGAUUGAAUAUGGAAGGAAGUGGCAUAAGAGAAUUGCAUCCAUCAAUUGCAUAUCUUACUGGGCUUCGAGAAUUGAAUCUUUAUGGAUGCUUCAAUCUUACAAGGUUUGCAACACUUAGAUUGAAAUCUCUUGAAGUACUUGAUCUUGGUGCUUGCGAAAAGCUUGAGAGUUUCCCAGAAAUAGAAGUUGAGAUGGAAUCACUAGACACUUUGAACAUAUCAGGAAGUGGCGUAAGAGAAUUGCCUUCGUCAAUUGCAUAUCUUACUGGGAUUUAUCACUUUAAAGCUAACUAUUGUGAGAACCUUACCUGUCAAAAAGUGAACUCUCAAGUUUCAUCCAGCAACUCCGAAUUACCACUGCUUCCCAACCUAUCAAAAAGUGAUUCCCUCCUGCCCCCUGAUUGCUGGUACACAUUAAGAGAACUUGAUCUAUCGGGAAACAAUUUUAUCAAUCUUCCGAGAUGCUUUAGCAAAUUUGUCAACUUGCUGAGUCUUGACUUGAGUUAUUGCAAGAGUCUUCUGGAAAUUCCAGAACAAGUGCUUCCACGAAGAGUAGAAUUCGUAUCACUGGAUAACUGCACAUCAUUGGUAAAAAUUCCAAUGGCUUGGGUAUUGCUGGAUAACUGCACAUCAUUGGAGAAAUUUCAAGAAAUCUCACUGGCGGAUUAUUUGCAACUGAGUUUGACCAAUUGCGUUAGACUACGCAGCUACGACAUCACAGAAAAUAUUUUUCUGAAUCAGGUUUCUGUUUCUUCUCCGCAUUCUGAUUUCAACAUUAUUCUUCCAGGCGAUGAAGUUCCAAAGUGGUUCAGCUGUUGUAAAGAUGCAACAAUAGUUAGAAAAUAUUUGAGUGGAACAAAGAGAUACGAUGCCGGAUGUGAAGUUAGUUUUGAAAUUCCUCCAAAUUUAAAAUGGGGGACGUUAAGAUUGGUUCUAUGUGCUGUUACUCCUGGAAUUGCCAAGAUUCUUCUCAAUGGAAAACUCGUAAAUGAGAGAGAUUUUGGAUUAUUGGAAAGUCAUGUGUACCUCACGUCUAUUCCAUUAUUGAAAAGGUACGCGUACGAGUUUGAAGAACCAUUGACGAAGCAGGGUGAUACGUGUCAAGUUAUACUUGACUUGUCUGGCAAAGUGCCAGCACCCGUUAAAAUUCCCUGCGGGGUCCACCUAUUAGGCCACCAGGUUGCUGAUGUCAGUGAGACUGAUGUUGUUGAUCAUGGGCCAACGCAGUUGUUGUUACCUGAUGCGAUGGCAGUGGACGAUGAUAUUUAUGAUGAUCAACACCAAGACUGUGAAUUGCUUUCCUUGUCUUUAGCAUCAAAGACUAGUCUUGGCAAGAGGCCUCGCCAAUCAGAUUACAUGGCACUUCACGAUGAUCAUCGUGCUAACGUCGUCGACAUUGGUGAUCAUGGAGCUCAAUGGCUUGCCUUGUUUACGGGACCAGCGGAUCACCAAAAGAGGAGUCAAAGCAAUGAAGCUCCAAAGUGGUUUAUGUGAGCCCCAGGUUCAGCUGUCGAAACGAACCCAAUUUCCAGCAAUGGU